AUGUGGGAAUCAACCGUCACGUCAGUUGAUGCCUUGGAAGAUGUAAGCAUGAUGAGCAUUAAGGAUUGGGUUUUAUCUCAAUUAGUAUCCAAGUCACUAGCUUCAUCGAGACCGCUAUCAGCAUCAGACAGCUUUUUAUCCGAGGAACCACAAAAUGUAGACUUUGACAACCAAGGUUUGGGCCGCGUUACCACCAAUUUGACUGCUGCACCAGCGUCAUCCGACAUGUCUUGCUCAUCCAAUGAUAAUCAGACAAAUCAGAGUUUCUCAUCUCAGCCAAUGGAAAGUCCUUCUGUGUCUAAUAGUAGCAUUGAGAAGAAAUCAGAUCCUCUGGCGAGGGUUGAAGGUCUACAAAUUAAUUUUUUGCGUCUAGUUCAAAGCCUUGGCUGGUCUCAAGAUAAUCUUAUGGUGGCAAAGGUUUUAUAUCGGAUUCACUUGGCAACUUUGAUACGAGCAGGGGAAUCAGAUUUGAAAAGAACUAAUCUCAGAAUUGAUAGAGCUCGAGCAACGGGUUCAGAACAAGGAGCUGGUCCACCUGAACUGGACUUUGCACUUAGAAUACUUGUUUUGGGUAAAACUGGUGUUGGCAAGAGUUCAACUAUAAAUUCAAUAUUUGGUAAUACAAACGUAACAACUGAUGCGUUUCAGCCUUCUACUGAUCAAGUUCAAGAGAUUGUGGGAAGUGUCAACGGUCUUAGAAUAACUUUCAUUGAUACUCCUGGCCUAUUACCUUCCUCAACAAAUAGCUCCAGGAAAAACAAGAAAAUUUUGCUCUCUGUCAGGCGAUUUGUUAAAAAAUCACGUCCUGAUGUAAUCCUGUAUUUUGAGCGCCUCGACAUGAUCAAUUCGAAUUAUUGUGAUUUUCCAUUGUUGAAGCUCAUAACUGACCACCUUGGCCAUGAAAUCUGGUUCAACACAAUCCUUGUUAUGACUCAUUCCUCAUCAGCACUUCCCGAAGGUCCAAAUGGGUAUCCUGUAAGCUUUGAUUCUUAUGUCACUCACUGCACUGAUCUGAUGCAACACUAUAUUCAACAGGCAAUAUUGGAUACGAAGCUUGAAAACCCUGUAAUUUUGGUGGAGAAUGAUCCACACUGUAAGACGGAUGACAGGGGGAGAAAGAUUCUUCCAAAUGGCCAGCUAUGGAGGUCCCAUUUCUUGUUAAUAUGCAUAUGCACCAAAAUUCUUGGUGAUGUCAAUAUUCUUUUGGGAUUUGAAGACACUGUACAAUUGGGGCCUUUAAGUAAUACCCGAUUGCCUUCUUUACCUCAUCUUCUCUCAUCUUUUCUUAAACAUCGAAUUCAAUUGAACCCAAAUGCAGCAAAUGAUGAAAUUGAUGAACUCUCUCUUUCAUACAUGGACGAAGGAGAUGAAUAUGAUCAAUUACCUCCUAUUCGAAUUCUGUCUAGAGUUCAGUUUGAGAAAUUGACAGUGUCUCAAAAGAAAGCUUAUCUUGAUGAGCUGGAUUACAGGGAGACCCUUUAUUUAAAGAAACAGCUGAAACAAGAAUUUCUUAGAAAAAAAGAGAACGAAAAUGUUGGUGUGACCUCUGAUGACAGUGCUGAUAACCAGGAUUCUCCAACAGCAGUCUUGUUACCAGACAUGGCUGUCCCUCCUAGUUUCGACUCAGAUUGUCCUGUUCAUAGAUUCCGCUGUGUCGUUACAGGUGACCAGUGGCUUGCGAGGCCAGUUCUUGAUCCCCAUGGAUGGGAUCAUGAUGUGGGAUUUGAUGGUAUCAACCUCGAGACUGCUGCUGAAAUAAGGGAAAAUGUUAUUGCUUGUGUCACAGGACAAAUGAGCAAGGACAAGAAAGAUUUCAGUAUUCAGUCUGAAGCAACUACAGCUUUUACUGAUUCUAGAGGCUCUAUUUAUAGUGUAGGUCUUGAUGUUCAAUCUGCUGGGAAAGAAUUGGUCUGCACAAUUCGCAGCAACACAAAACUCAAGAACUUUAAGAACAAUGUUGCUGAAUGUGGUGUUUCUGUGACAUCUUUUGCGGAUAAAUAUUAUUUUGGUGCUAAGAUUGAGGACAGCUUCUCAAUAGGGAGGCGACUGAGAUUUGCAGUAGAUGCUGGUCGGAUGGGAGGAAAUGGACAAGUGGCUUAUGGUGGAAGUGUCGAAACUACUUUAAGAGGGAAAGACUACCCUGUGAGAAACGAGAAGGUCAGUGUCUCAAUGACAUUCCUCUCAUUUAACAAAGAGACAGUUUUGGGUGGCAAUUUACAGUCUGACUUCAGAUUGAGCCGAGGUACGACAAUGUCAAUGAAUGCCAAUUUGAAUAGCCGGAAAAUGGGCCAGGUUUCUAUAAAGGUCAAUAGCUCCGAACACAUGCAAUUAGCUUUAGUUGCAGUUGUCUCCAUUUUCAGAGCCCUUUUGCAGAAAAAGCCUGUUAAUGAUCUUGAAAGUAGAGAAUCUCUUGAAAGAGGAUGA